CCAGCCCCCACGCAAACUGUAAAGAUUUGCAUAUACCAAGCUUGUUCAGGUUGCAAUAUAUACACUAGAGUCUUGCCGAGGGCUAUAGCAAAACAAAUCAACUAUGUGUUCUGUUGUUCCGCAGUACGAACGCGGCCGGGCCGCCCGAGGAUUGUUGAAGAAAUUACUAGAAGAGAAGAGAAUUGAGGAGGAAAGGAUACGAGAGGAACAGAGAAGAAGAGAGGAGGAACAGAGAAGGUAAAGUUUUCUAUGAAAUAUUUCGAUGUUUAAGUGGAGCUUGUGCUAUACAAGUGGAUACCACAUUCCAAAGUUCAGUUAGAUUAUCGCUUAUAGUUCAAGGUCCACAAUAUAUCGGGUGAAGAUAAACCGAUUUACUUUCCGUUUAAUACUUUUACGAUGUCGGUCAUUUAUAAUCAGUUAUCGCGAAAACAUUCCACGCUUCCUCUACCUAUGUUUGUCAUUCCCUUUGAGGGCUCGAGCUGUAACGGGUUUGUAUACAAUAUUAUAUAGUCAUACCGAACUAUCCUGAAAUUUAUAUUAUCUGAUGAAUUGGAAGUCAAUUUCUUAAAUAUAAGAAAAGACAAGGCAAGCAUAUAUUUAGUACCAUGUGCAUACAUAAAUAUGCAAGACUAAAUAUAUAAUAAUGAUAUUUACAGGAAGAAGUACUUGCUAACUGUAAUAACACUGGACAGUUAGCAUUUUUUAUUCAAAUUCAAACUAUAAUACAUGUAUUUGAUAGUCGGUAAUAGGAUUCAGUAUAGAUUGUGAUUUACGCAACCAAAAAAUGUUAUUUCUUGGAAUUAACAACGACCACAAAAGCUUAAAAAUAAAACAACUUUAUUGUUUACAACGUUUCGGAGUGUUACUCCAUCUUCAUGUAAUAAAUAUUGUAAAUGAGGCUUAGAGACAUUUCGAUACUAAAAUUACUAAAAAAAUGUUGUUUAAUGUAACUUAAACAUGUUUCAUCAUGAACGAACUAUAUAUCUAUAGUUAAAAAUGACAAACGAAGGCAUUUGAGUUUCCAAUAGGACAACAGCAAAUUAUAUUUUUAAAUUUUCUUGUAAACUUAAACUUAGAUGUUGAAAAACUUUUCAGAACUUCAUGAUCAAUUUAAUUCCACACAUUUGUACCAACAAAUCUUAUAUUGAACUCGCCAUAUAGUUAGUUCUUACUUUUGAAAAAGAGUGAGAUGAUCUUGAAGCAAGUCCGGUAUUAUAACUAUAUGUUCCUGACUUACUAAAUUAAAUAUAAAAUAUAGCCCACAAAUGCUUGAGGGAGAUUGCCAGUGUGAUAGUCAUAUACAUAAAUAGGCCACUGUGUUGAAACGCAAGAUUCUACUGUGCUCUCUAUAUGUACGGUACUUUAUAUAUUAUGACGUUUAACAAACACUUCCUUAAGAGGGGACACCGCGUUCAAAAUUGUUCGUACAGUAUAUUAGGUUUUCAGAUUAGGGAUCGAUUUGCCUGGGCUGGUGGUAGGAAUGGCGUUUAACUUAAUCGAUAUUUAUAGCGCCUAUAUCCGGAGGAUAAAUUUCAUAACGGCGGAUAAAAUUGCAUGUGUUGUACGAAGCUGGUUUAGUAAAAGUCCGUCGGAAACCGUAAGUUCAAGGUUCGAAAACCGGAUUUCCUGAAACUUCUUGCCUGAACGUCAGUAGUUGCUAGGCAUUUGUGAACUUUUGUUGCUUUAAAAACCUGUAUAUGAAUUCCCCUAUAUAUAAGUUUUAGCUAAACUAUAUUAAAUUCCAAUAAUUUUUUUUAUGUUAUAUUUGGAUGUUUAUAUUUCUUGGUGAGUUUUAUAGAGAUAAAAAACGAUACUAAUUUACAAAUUUAAGUUUCAAGUUUAGUUUAUCGCUUCAAAAAUGUAUCUUUCGUCCAUAAUUGCAAAAAUUGUGAUUUUGGUUCAUUGAUUUCCCAAUAUUAUAGAUCGUUUUCUUAUAUUUUCACAUUCGCGCAGUGUUUCUUAUCCACUUGUCGAUAUUUCGUAGGGAGAUUGCCGGCGUCUUUGUUCGAAGGCAAUAGCAAAGAUUAUGCAUGAGUGAUAUACUGUUUUGUUCCUUGACCUAAUUGCACUUCAAUUUCUUUCAAAACAAUUUUUAGAACAUUUCGCCCAUAUUUUGUUUGGCUGCUCAAGGAACAAGGCCAUUAAAGAAGUGAACACCUUUAUUUCGACUUUUCUGAUCUUGUUGUCUAUUUAUAUUUGUACAGUGUAUAUUUGUUUAGACCUAUGACGACAAAAAAGAAAAUAAUUGCUAGUAAGCAACAUAAACAAUCAAAGAAAAGAAUGCGUGUGUUGAACGCCCACGCACGUUUCCAACCGUAAACAUUUGAGCAUCCCGAUUUUCGAAAUUUGUCAGCCACCUGAUCAUUCCUCUUCGAUGAAACAAAACAGUUUGUAGCGACAAAGAAAAAUCGGUACAUCAAAUUCCCGACCUUACAGCUUCAGCCGUUUCCUUAUAAUAUAUAGACAUUAUAGUUAAGAAUUAUUCACAGACGUGGAGGUGAAUACCACUGCAAGUAUAUUAAAUCAAUUUGUAUUUUAAGUCCCGUAAUAGUUGUAAGCAAAACAGUAUUUACACCGCUUUUAGUAAUUGUACUCAUUAGAAAUAGCUUUAAAGAAUACCUAACACACUGUUAAACAAAUUUUUGUGGCUUUCGUCGUGUUUGGCGAAACCGCAGCUUUGCCUUUGUUUAGACAACUUUAGUACAAAAAUCUGUAACCGGAACGAUAUGGGAAGCCAUUUUGUUUUUAGCUGGCGGUAAAUAGUGCAUGGAUAUCUGGAGCUGAGCAACCCGUCAAUAUGCGUGAAAAGCACCAUUUACCUACCAAGUAUAUGCUAACAGAAGCUAUUAUUUUGCCGUGUUUACUCUUAUAUAUUAUUUUGGCAGAUAUUUUCUCGCCAUUUCCGUAUACUCGCGCAUGCGCUUGACGUUUACCCACGGUGUUAACGGCUAUUACAUCAUGUAUAUAGCGUGCGGACAAACCAGGAACUCUUUCUAUAAGUAUUAGUUUCGAUUCUGUGCUCAUGAUUGAAACGAGUGUUGCCUUUUGUCACACGUCGUCGCUAAGCAUCAUGACAAUAUACCCAUGUCUUAUGACUUAUGCGAUAAGGGCGAACGAAUGUCUUUUGGCGUUCUCUUUUAUUUUCACUGCAGGGUUGUAUGUCUUUGUUAGACCUGUUUACUGAUUCGGAUUGGUGAUCCAAUGACCCAUUGAUGCACAUUUAUUUGGCCAUUGCAGUUUUUUUUACAAUUCUGCUGUGGGUAUCUUAAAAGAAGAGGCUUGAAAGAGGCUUUCUCUAUUGUUGUCCGCGGCCAUAUGGGCAUAUUUACGCUGUAAAAUCAAACACAUAAAUGCAUUCUCUAAUAAAACAAUGAACUGAUUUAAUUAAAGUCAUUAUAGAGGCGAAAUUAUUCCAGAUAGUAGGGAGUACGAGUUAAGUUAAGUCAACGAGUCUAGUUAACGUUGUCAAGCUCUAACCACAAGUUCCUCUUAUAAUACUAGGGUAUACUGCCAUGUUAAGGUAUGGGUUAAUAUCAAGGUUUUGUUGGCAUCUCACUCGAUUGAAUAAUAGUUAAAGGUUUUGGCAUCUACCAUACCCUUCAUGCAGCUAUUAUUCAAUCCAGUGAGAUGUCAACAAAAUUUUGAUAUAUUAUAGUCAGUGAUAAUGAUGCAAGUUAAUGAUGUUCUUAUAACUGCGUCAAAUGUAUUCUUUGUAUUGCUGUAAGUGUUUCUUUGUUUUGAUAUUUGCUAAGCGCACUCAUGGACAGAAUUAUAGUUCAAACCUCAUAGCCUAUACAAAUCCCAUUUUAAUCACUUUCCUAACAUUACAAUUAAAUCUCAAAUAUGCAUUGGUUAGAGCAACAAUUGUAGCUAAUAGAUGUACCAUCUGAUAUAUGCAUGAGCAAUAAACAAAAACGUGCAUGCCUAACAGUAUAUUCACAAACAAGCAAUUCCGUAAUGAUGAGAUAGAUUCACAGGUAUACUAUAUGCAAUAUAUUGGACACAACGUGCAAUAUUGAUCUACACUUACGCACAUAUAAGCAACAUAUAUAAAAUGUGUGAAUGUUUUUGUCUGUAAUUCAUAUUGUACCAAGCCAAAGGAUUGAUCAUCGCUUCAUUUUGAAAAUGGAGUUUCAGAAAUCUUAUAGAAGGAUUGUAAUUGGGAAUAAGAUUUCUUCCAUGUUUAUAAGGUAUAUAUAACAGAGAGGUUACGUUACUCAUGUAUAGUUAACAAUUGGUGACUGUAGUUAACAAAGUUGAAUCAUGUAUAUCAGCUUCGAUGUUAUGUACAGUAUUAUUUAUGUUUAUAUAAAAUAAGAAAUAAAGUUCUACUCUAAGUUUGACUUUUCAGUUAAUUUGUAUCAGUCGUAUAAUUAUAUAGUAAAUCAAUUAUUCUAAGCAAGUACAUAAGCGGCAUAAGUAUAGGUGGCUAGGAGAUUAUAUAGACCCCCAAAAGUAGACACGAGAAGGCUGGCCCUGUAGCAUCAGGAUGGCAAAACUUGAUGGUGUCAGAUUUUUUGCUGCCUGAAAUGCCAUGCCAAAUGACGAAAUUCAGCUAUAUAUUAUUAUAUAGUUUCGGCAUGUCAAGUCUUCCUCAGAACGUAGGAAAUGCUAGAAACCCUAUAGAUUUGCACAUUAUUUGGGGGAGCAUCCCCACCCCUGCUAGGAAUUAUGCUUUUACCCUAGUUAUCACGCACUUAAUUCACUGUAACAAACAAAUUUGUUAAAACAACCAUGCAUGCAAUAAGUUGAUUCAAAAUGAAUCUGAGAUAACCAAUUUGUUGGUUGUUUUAUUAAUUAACCUGUUUGUUUUUACAUUGAAUUAUUAUAAGUGUAUGAUAACUAGUAAAAGCGUAAUCCUCUGGAUGAGUAACUAUAGGUACUGUACAUGUAUAAGUACAUGAGCGAAUAAUUGAACAAGAAACGAGCAAACAAGGGACUGGAAUUGUUUUUGCUGGUUUCGUGACGAUAACCUGCAGAUGCAUUAUAUUUCAUUAUAAGCUAGAAACAUGCAAUUAUUUAUUAAGUGAUUCACUUAAAUCAAUAUGCAAUUAUAUUAAUCGUACCUAGUAAUUGUAAUGGUUAUCAUAAUCUUAUUAUUUAUAUAUAAAAUGAUUAUAAUCAUGAUAAAAAACGAAGGGAAUUGUUCAUAUAUGAAAGGCCUUUAUAAGCAAAUAUAAUUUAUAUGCAUAUUUUUUAUCUAAAUUAUAUAAUUCUAGCAAUAAUUUAUAUAUACGCUACAGCCACUCAUGCCCAAUGUCUAUCGUAUACAUUUUUCGUGAAGGUGCAUGAUGAUAGUUCACUGGGGAGAUGUGAAAAGUUAGGCUUAAAGACUAGCCCAAGGCUGGCUAUAGUAAAAUGAGUAAAACAAAUAGCUUUAUGCCAAACAUGCAUUGCAUGUGCGUGAUAUAUUAUAUAUAGAGGUUAUAUAAGAUUGAUGUUUACGGCAGAACGCUAAUCGCCAACGGCAAACUUCAAAGUCGUAAGUUCUACAAGUUUACGGACGUUUCGACACGUUCUAAGCUAAUUUAUGUUUCUGUUUCAGUGCACAAAUUGUCCUAUAUAAGUUCGAACAGCUAUAACAGUUGACCUUCUUGAAAAAAGUUGCCGUUUGCGGUUAGCGCGGUCUCACGUAAACGUCAAUCUUAUAACUCUCUAUUAAUUGACGACUCUUGUGGGGCUGACUAAAGCCCGUUACAUGUCGCUAGACUUUCCUUGGAAACUUUUAUAUUUGUUCGUGUAUAUACGGCAAAAAUUGAAAAUUCUUCAACAAGGAAAAGUGUUUGGGGCUGUCAAGGAAAACUUGCCAAGUAAUUCCGCAGUAUACGUCGCUGCAUUCGUAUUCAUCUUCGAGUGGACAUUUCCAUAAAAUCUUGUUUAUUUUGAAAUUCGCUUUUGCAUGCAUGAUGCAUGUGCGUUAUAUCGUGUAGAUAGUUUCAGCUGUGUUUAAUUUGGUUGGAAGCAGUUUGAACGAAAACUAUUGUGAAAUUGCUUAUGUACUUAAAUAUAGCGCGGGCUCGUGAGACUUCAAGAAAAACUUAGUUUUGACAAUAAACUUUCCUUGGUUGCAUUUUAUAUGUUGUAAUCAAGGCCACUGUGUGUAAGUGCAUGCAUAUAUCUAUAUAAGUACCUUAUCCUGUACUAUUGCAUUAAGUGAUUGAAAUUGUGUGGGAAUUUUCUGCAAGUGCUAACGUCCGUAUACUGACGCGAGCAAGUUUUCCUUGACAAAUUUUCCUUGACAACCUUUAUACGCCACAAAUGUUGGUCAUGUCAGGUUUUCAGCAAGGAAAAUUGUUCGUGAUUAUAUACGACGGUCACCGUCAAGCUAGAAAAUUUGAAAAGUGUUUGUACUGUACGUCACACUGCACACUCUUCUUCAAGUGGCCAUUGCCAUUAAUUCUCGUUUAUUUUGCAAUUCGCCUCUGCAGUGUGGUAUCGUGUCGACAAUUUUAGCUGUUUUUAAUUUUGUUCGAAACGACUUUGAACGAAAUCAUCCCGUUUACGUAUUUAAGUAUAGCACAGGAUUGUAAAACUCAAUUAAUCGCAAAAUUUUGUUCUUCGCAGAUACGAGCGAGGAAACUUGUGAUAGAAAAUUUGCUAUAUAUAUAUAUAUAUAUAUAUAUAUAUAUAUAUAUAUAUAUAUAUAUAUAUAUAUAUAUAUAUAUAAAAUUUCGAAAGAUUUAUAUUUCGAAACGCCGAAAAUAUAAUCUGUAGCCAAAAGUAUAGACGACCUAUAUUUAAGAAAUAGAAAACAUUUUUGUGUUUCUAUACAUUUAUAAACGCGUGGGAGAUUGGGCGAACGAGAAAUAGAGUGGAAACUACGAGGGGGAGCCCGAAUUAAUUUCGAGUUCUCCUAAAUUUAGUUUGGCGUAGAAACACGAGGAAUACAUAGAGGAUAUUACACGGCGGCGCGAAGAUAUGACUUUUAUCUUCGAGUGGUGAAAACAAUAUUUUACGAACGAGCGCAGCGAGUAUAAUACCAGAAGAUAAAAGUCAUAUCUUCAAGCCACCGUGUUAUGUUCUGUUUAUUAUAUAGUUCCAAGCAAAAAAUUGUGAAUUUUCACGCUCAAAAGCAAAUUGAAAAAAGUCACGUGAUUGGUAUCUUCACUAGUGAAGAUAUGGAAAAUAUCUCACUGUGCAUUCUUCACUAUCUCACUCUCUACUAUAUAUAAUUUAAUAAAAUCUAAUAUUUAUUUUAUAAUAUAUAACUGAAGAAAAGUCUUUAUAACAAUUUUUAUAUCGAUUUAUUUACAAAUUCUCGUUACCACAGCUUAAAAUCCUCUCGAUCUGUUUGCAACAUUUUCUCGUCAAUUUGACCAUAUAAUGUACUCAAGCACUUCUCUAUUAAGACUGAAAAUCCACUGUCUGUCUUGUGGUUCCUUAAUUUCGUUGUCAGAACUAGUAUAGUAGGACACUUGUUUUCGAUUACCGCGCAUGUUAAGAUUGUUUUUUUUUUUGUUUAAGUUUUUUUUUGUUUUAAGCUGAGAGACGGUAAAGUCCCGCGUGUUUCCGUGCAGUUCAACGCUCGUGUACUAUAAAUGUUAUAAUAUUAUUAUAAAUACGUACGUUGCACGGCCGUUAUGUUUUCGUUAUAACACACUUGGAAAUGUUAUGCAUGUAAACGAGUUACCUAGCGUAAACGACGACUUAAUAUAUUCAACAGAGAACCUUCUUGCAUGAUCGUAACCUAGACCAUAUAAACAUUCGUAAAUAUCGUAGCCUUUCUGGUGCCAGCCUGUAAACAAGAUUAGAAUUAAUAUUGCGAGCUUGCCAUAACGACUCGUUGCAAUCUUGCAUUCCUGCCGUAUAUAUACAUCUAUACAACUGGUGACAAAAACAACGUGUUUUUAGCAUAUAUAGAUGCAGUCAGUCGUAUUUAAGUAUAGCCUUAUAGCAACGGAAAAUCGCGCGUGUCUAUAUAACGUAAAUAUCCGAAUUUGAGGCAUCUCGCUCGAUAUAACUGACUGCUGAAGAGAGUUGUGGAUGGAAGUUUCUAGUGGAAUUGUUUAUACAUUUAUUAUAGGCCUAACCAGGAGCAGUUUCGAAAAAUGCGGCAACAAUCGGCCCUCUGGCAGGAAUCGAACCUUGCAGUUAUAGAGCUCGACAACUUGUCUCUCUAUAGCUCAUGCAGUUGGUUAGAGCGCUGCACUGGAAUCCCAGGGCCGCAGGUUCGAUUCCUGUUUGCCAGGGCCGAUUGUUGCAUUUUUCGCAACUGCGUGCUCCUGGUUUUAUAUGGUUUUGUAGAUUUCCAUCUACAAACCCCGUGUCCAUAACGUAUUUAACACCUUCGUUCACCAUACUUACCCGUUUGGAUGGUGAGGUGUUAGCCCGUGUGACCGAGGGAUGGCCUGAUACUACUGGCACUACAGUUACUUGGACUCGGGUUAAGAUCCAUGACAGUGGUAUCUUGAGCACACCACCCCCGCAGGGCCAACACCUUCACACCAAUUAACAAUUGGUGGAAAUAUAUGAAAGAACGGGAGAAAAAAAUCUUUGUUCCGAUACGUUUUCUAUGCUUAUAGCGCACACUGAUUACUAAAGACUGGUUUCCAUUGCAGUCGCUUUGCCUGCGCGGGCGGAGCGGGCUUUGAAAAUCUGCUCACGCGGGCGUGACGGGCGUCAAAAACAAUGAACGCUUCGGCCGCGCGGGCAAAACGAACGUUAAUGGAAAACGGCCUUAAUACCACCAAUGCGCGGCCAAGCUCUUAUUAUACAUACGCGCCCGGCCCUCUUUUCGGUCACGUGAUGUGCUGACGUAACGAGACUUGGGUCCCUAGCUGUUACCCUUUGUUAUUGCAUAAUCUCAUAAACUAGAAAAUUAAAAGGUCGUGUGAAUUGAACAAGUCACAUAUUAUUAGCGCUAAUGUAGAUCUGGGCUUACGGAUCGAAAGCUUUGCAGUGAUAGAUUUACGUAUAAACUGUAUUUCAAAAUCAAAAUUUCGUCGAUUUAUAAAUAUUAUAUAUAGUGUCACUUUGAUUAAUGUGUGCAUGUAGUCGAUCCAUACGCCCGCGUUAAUAAAAAUUAAGUUGUCCUUGUUUAAACUCAUAUCAUCAAUCUUACGUUAUGUAUACUCACAUACACUCAUUAUAAAUCUCACGUAUAUAUAGUGGCCGUUCACACGAACAACUUUUCCUUGUCCAAAAGCUGGCAUGAAUAUAUAGCUUUGGAACAAGGCUCCUUGGCAAGGAAAAGUUGGCAUUUUUUUCCGUUAUAAUGAGCAAAUAAAACUUAAUUAUCAAGGAAAGUACAUUGAAAGAACGUUUAAAAUACGAAAAAUAAAGAACUUUCCGCGGCGUGUUUGCAUCUAUUCGACAUAUUUUGAGCAAAACAGCUGGCGAGCAUAUAAUUCUUGCAUCUUGACUCUUGGUUCAAUAUGCAUUAUACUGGGGUAAAGAGAAAUUCUUAUUGGUCCUACCACAUUAUUUUCAUUAUCAAACCACAAACUUGGUAAUGUUGACGAGAUAUUAAAAGAAAAACUACCUUGAAAUGCAGUCACCCAGAGACAAUAUUCUGGUUUACCCCUGUUGUGACUUCACCAAUAUAUCCCAAUUAAUUAGGACAAAUAUAAAAAUAAGAUGUUGGACAAAAUAAGUUUGUUGUUGUCAAGAUAUCUCUAAAAACAAGCAAGAUGGAAAAGAGGUGUAAUUAAAGUCUUUCUGGAACAAAAGUUCUUUGAAGCGAGACAAGUUUACUUUCUAUUUCCCUUUACGUUAUUUCGUCGGAGUUUAAACACUUGAGAUGAUGCGAGUCUUAGCAUGCUAUUUAUGCCCUUAUAACGGCUUCGAAAAAAUCAAAUAUUUAACGUGCCUGAGUUUCGGAGUUUUAUGUCAACAAACAAGGACUGGACUUUUGAAAUAUUUAAUCCAAUCCAAAAGUCCAAUAUGUUAUCAUAAUUAUAUUCGUGCACACUCUCACACGUCUUUUAUUAUAAAUUCAAGGGUUUUUUAAGUGCAACAAAAUUAGAUUUUAAAUACGUCAAAGAAUAUUGAUUUUUUUUUUUUACAACUUGAACUGGCUGAAAUAGAGUGCAUCUGUAUAGGAUGACAACGUAUAUGUAGAAUCGCAAAAAUCUAUUUUAAAAAUGUACGAUAUAUUUUAAUUCCAUGCAGUUACGUAUACAGAUAUUUGUAAAAAUAUUUGAGACAAAGAAUUGGAAGACAUGGACUUAAGUGCUACAAAUAUUGACUGUCAGUUUUGGAUUAGUAAAAUAAAGAGUUCAUUGAGAGCAAUUGACUUGUAUAUAGUGCAUGCCCAAAUGCAUGUAAAUUGUAAGAUAGGAAUUAAUUGGCAUCUAGUGUUCCGCAUUUUCUCUUCAAAUACUUCCUGAGCUUAUUAAUUCCAAGGAAUUUGACAAAACCACGCAUUUUUAAUACACGCGUGAGAAAAAAAAGGUGUAUAAUUAUCAUGCAGUACAUUUAUUAAUUCCCAGUAUUCUUUUCCCGUAACUUUUAUGUGGUGUAUCCCACUAUAUAUAACAUUGCAUGUUAUUUAUAGGUAUUUAUAACCCAAAUUUUUAAAAUAUAUUAAAUUUAGUUUUAUGCAGUGUAAUAAUAUUUUCUAUGAUCCAUGAAGGUCACUAUCUCGGCAUGUGCAUGUAUUUUUAGUUUUCGAACUGCCGCCCACGAAAAUUGCAAUUGCCAAUAACUAUACCGUGACUUGUUGAAUCGCUAAAAUAUUCCUUGGUAAUUUUAGAGAGAUGGAGAGGUUGGAACAACAACGAAGAAUGGAAGAAUUAGAAGAGCUAAAGAAAAAGGUAUGUAAUAAAUAUUCCUUUUUUUAUUAUGUGGGUUGUCUCAAGAAAAUGAAAUGGCCGUUUUCCAGAUUUUUACACACCUAUAUAAUUAUUAGUGAGCAUCGAAAAUUAAAUCUACGAGAUGAUCAGUUUUCGCACUAAUAUUAUUUGAAAUGGUUCGGUAGAACGAUCGAAUAUUCUGGCUGUUUGGAAUAAAGUCUAUGGAGCAUUAAUAAUCCAAGCCCGUUAUAUGUGAAUAGACACCCGGAGAAAUGAAUUAAACACACGCUAAAUUAUUGUGGGAGAAUGGGAUCAGGGUGAACCCAUUAUAAAACUACUCUUAAACUCCCAAUGACUCCUCAAUGACUCAUCAAGCAUUAUGUUUUCAUCCCGUGAGGGUAUAAGACCUGCUAGGAGAGACUGAAUGCAAAGGGGUAGCGAUCCCUUGACAAAUUCAUCUGAAUUAAGAGGUUGACCAGCCUGUUCCGUUUCUACGAGAUUAUAACCGAGUAUGAAGGCGAACGUGUUGUCUCGUUAACUUUAAUUUAUACAUUGUUAUAAUUAUAUAAAUUUGCUUUGACAUCAAGUAUAGUUAUAUUAAGUAUCUUUGAGUUUCAUGACCCCGUACUUGAAACAGCCAUAAUAACAUUGAUUUCACGAGACCAAUUUCAAUCAAUUUCAAUACUGAAAUACAAGGGUACUAUUAUUAAUACUGAACAAUCAUGGCAUCGCACUGAAAUAGAAUUAUUCAUUGGAAGAAUGGGAAGUCCCAUAGAAUAGCUAAAUUCAGCUUCUCCAUUUUCAGAUUUAUCCAGUUACUAGGUAUGUUUUCACCUCUGUUCCUGCACUUGUUUGUGUGUUUCUCCGUCAGUAGCGGGUAGCUAAACUGUCUUCCAUGCGAACGAUUGUGGAGAUAAUGGCCGUUUGCCAAGGAAAAUUCAUCAAAUUUCAGUUCAAUUUAGAUCAAAACCGGAUGAGAUUUUAUAAACUCUUUCUGUCAUCUCUGUGGUGUGAGAAAAUAAUGCAUAUAUAUAAUUAAUAUUUAAUUUAUGCUUGACGUUUGAUGGCAGAAGUAUAUACUGUCUCUGAGUGACUUCUAGUUAUUAAUUGCAUGAUUUUGUUAAAAUCUUCCACCAAUUUGACUGCUGCGUCAUCCAAAAGUGAUCGACAACUACUGAAAAUUUAAUUUGGGAAUGUUCCAACUGGGAAUUGAAACCAACAUGUGUGGUUUAACGUAUACCGGCACUCUCAAGCUUACGAUUAGAUGUCGGGUGGCCAAUUGAAAACUGGAAAAACUAUAUCACAUUAUCACUACUGCAUACAUGCACUGGACACGGGAUAUCCAAUAUAAACGUACGACGAGCUGUAUAGGUAAAAUUGUGGAAAAGUUUUGUUUGGUUUCUCCCUCUGUACUUGCAAACUCCAAAUGGAGUGGAAACACUGGAUUAUAACUAAAUAUCUGAUUGUCUCCUCCGAGAAUCCAAUCCAAUGGCUAGGUAUUUGAAAGUCAAGGUAUUAGCCCUCGACAACUGAUUUAUGAGAGAGUCUGGCAAUCGUUAAUGGCAACGGUAGAAAACAAAAUUGCUUACAUUUUUGUUUCUCAAGCCAAAGCAUACUACAUUUUAUAUGCCUCUUAAGAGUACUUACCUUUCUUUUAAACAACCCUUAAAUAGGAACAUGCAGUGAAUUCACAUAAAGUACUCCAAACUGCUUCGAACGUUGACUGUAACGCAACUGAUCCGUGAAAAUGAUGUAAAUAACAUAUAGCAGUUUGAACAGCUAUGGCGUACUAGAAUUCUCAAGGGAAUACAAUUUAUAGUCGCUUCUGUCUUAGAGUGAAAAUGCUAUUGUUGAUGAUCACGUCUUCAUUGCCCUCGACGCCGAGCUUUCCAGCUAUAUGAUGUUCAAAUAUUACUACAUAGACUUUCGAUGAUAUUUUGUCAUAUUUGUGAUGUAGGCUGAAGAAGAAGCCCAAAGAAAGAGAGCAGAGGAAGAGGAAAGACUGCGAAAAGAAGAAGAACAGAAGCAAGCCAUGCUGGCAAAAGCACGAGAGAUUGAAGAAGCAAGAAGAAUUGAGGAGGCGAGAAAAGCUGAAGUGGAGGCCAAACGUAGACAGGUAUGUACAGUCAUAAAUAUUUUGUGGUGCGGUAAAGUACGUGCAGCUGACUUUUAUGCCUUUACGAUUACCUAAGACGACACUUUCUAAUUCACCAUAGUAAUCAAAUGCCUACAAAAUGUUCAAUUUUAUACCAUUUACAUUCAACCUUGUUAUAAAAUUAAAUUUGUUGCUUAUUAAUAUUCUUAUUUUGGGAUUCUUACAUGAUGUAUGUCAUCGGAAGAUUUGACAGGCAACAACUUUGUUAGAGAUCGUUUCUUUUUAGCAAACUAAUAUUGGGCGCGUAAAAUUGUGCUAUUUCUGAAAAGUAUUUUACCAAUGUCUUCUUGUUCUUUGUUUAAGUUUGAUUUGCUUUUUUUAUGAAAACACUGAGAUUUUGUUGUUAUUUGAUGUAUAACAUACAAUAUUCAUAUUGCUAUUCAUAAGUCAAGGUCUUCGUUUUGCAAAUGGUCAUUAACUGACACUUGACUCCCCUUCCCUUCCGAUCUAUACCAGAAGAGAGUGAUGUUUAUCUGAUCGAGAACUGAAUGAAUAACUUAAACGAACCAUGUACAGUAUAUUUUUGUCCAUUAACAAGAACGAGUUAGCACUAUUGGCAAAUGAAAGUCUACAAGUUAUUUAAACCUUGAUGUAUUUCAUAGGAAGAAGAAGAGCGCCUUAGAUUGGAAGAGGAAGAGAGGUAAGAGUAGAAAUGGCAUGAAAAGAUUUCACAGAACUGUAAUGUUACCUGAAAUGCAUAUUAAUUUUCACCCAUUAAGUUGCAUUGCGCCAUAAUGCCCCCUACCUCAUUAUUUUACUUUGUUUAAUGCCAGACGUUUUACUCGUCAACGAGAGAGCGCUGCCGCUCAAUAGAUUAACACAAUUCUAUGCAAAAACGUAAAUAUAAAUGCUGAAAUAAAAUUGCAUAUUAGUUAUUUGCAUUGCACAACAAAAACGCCAAAUGAAAUACUACUGAAUUACCUUUACUUGAAGGCCUAAUUGAGAGAAUAAGGUCUAACACAGUUCACUGAACAUUAAUAUUCAGACUAAAAGCUGAAGAAGAGGAAAGACGGCGUUUAGAAGAAGCCGAAGAAGACGCGAUAUCACAACUAGACAACGCAUUGAAGGUUAGGAAAGUUCUCACAAUCUGUGAGUUCAGUUCGUCAUUCAGUUAGUCAUGUGUAUUCUUAGUCUUAAGGCAUAUAAUGAAACAUUAGUGACCUUAAACAAGUUACGUUUUUGUCCACAUGGACGUCACCCGAAAAUUGGUAUAACUCAUUUUGGCGGCAUUUUGCAUUAUGAUAGCGCUCAUAUAGCUUCGUUGCACAGUUAGUCAGCUACCAUGCAUUCAAAGGCUUUUAGAAAUUAUUGAGGAAAGGCAUCGCCUUUCUCCUCUCCUGCCACCUUUCCUUCCCCACCACUGGAAUAGAACUAGAGGUGAGUACGAGAUAUAUAGAGACCUAUAGAAGAUAGGCGUUCAAACCAUACCCCACGAUUUGGGGCAUUGAUGUUAUGCAGUUUAAUAAGUUCAAGGGUGCCUUUCAGUUAUACAACUGCGAUUCCAUUCGUACAUUUUAUGUGAUUAUCUCUGAAUAAAGUUUGGCCUGCGCCACACGUGAUAAGAAUGGUGUAGUUUUGUUUUUUCUAAAUCGAGCAGUUUUCUCCGGAACUCCGGAUUCCUCCUGUAGGAACACCGAGUCAUACUGGACAUCGAAGACUAGUUUGAACAAAACUGUUAGGUAGAGCAGGGUUCCCACUAGAAAUUUGAGUAGGAGGCUAUUUGAAAGUGUGCUGAAGGUUUCAUUUGCCAACUGAGGGGAUCCGAGGGCGUCUCGCCAUGAAGAUUAUGAUAUUUAGACCCUCCGAAAUGGUAUUUCCAGCUAUUUUUUGAGAUUUUGUUAUAUUAUCCAAGUAUUCAACGACGAAUAUCUUGUAGAAUGUAUUUUACAUAUCAAACCAAGAAACCUUUCCGUUGCAUUUCCGUGGUAACGAGGGAAUAUUUUGGGUUAUUAUGUUUGCACCUAACCGGUGAUUAUCACGCUAUUGACGGCGGAAAUCGCCCGGUGCCUGCUUCUACUGGGAAUCCUGUUCAGUGUUUAUACAGUUAUAACAAGUUAGUUAUUCAAUAGAGUUUAUUGAGAUGUUACUAUUUGUUUUACUGCUAACCAAUUAUAUACUGCAUGGGCAAUUACAUCCCCUUGACAACCCAAUCAUUUUUCUGUUAUUGAUAUUCUGGUUGUCUUCACAAUUUCCCAAGGUUCUUUUGCGACUAUUUGUCCAGACUGUUUGUAUUCCCCAAAGAAGUCCUUAUCCAGUUAGCUUGCAUCAAAUCUUUGUUUCCGUUGUCCAUAUCCAUUCCAAAAUUAGCCCUACACGUAAUUGUAACCUGCCCACCUACAUGGUACAUUUCCAACUAAUUUUAAUUAAUUAUAUCAUUGUCGUUUCAUCAAAGAGCCCGCUAAAUUUUAAUGGCUUGAGAUAAAACAUUAAUUGAUAGUCCAUUGGUUGGACAUUAGUCCAACCAAUAUUUUCUACUCAAGGUGCUUUUGCAAAGUAUGCUUUUGUGCCACUCCAUUCAAACUUCUCGUAUAUGGAGAUGUUUUGUGAAAUUUCCAUCGAAAUGCAUCAAGGAAAACUAAACAGGAUUAAUAUGCAUGCCUGCAUGCCCGACCUACGCAAUCUCGAAAUUUCCAUCGCUACUGUGUCCAUAAGAGUAUUCACAUUUAUGAAAGAGCUUUGACCUGUGUUCGCCUAUUACGGUGUAUUCAUAUGCUAUGCAAACACUCUUACAUUUUCAUUAACUGAUAUAAACAAGCCGAAGGAAGUAUAAGAUAAAUCAAGGUUUUACUAAUGCUGUGGGAAGAGAAUCUUCUAUAUUUGCAUCUGGUAAAAAAUAUAUAUUUUAUGUUAAUUUAAUCUUGUUGGUCAUGAGCACAUUAGUUAUUUCUGCGCAUUUUAACAAUAGCGAGUUCACGCAUAUGAGAUGGGGGACGUCAGGAUGAUGGCUAACAAAUGUUUGAAAUAAGUGGUUGUAUGGAAAUCCUGUCUUGUAUUUACCUUUCCUAUAUAGUUUCGAACGAGUAAAACGGAGCUUUAACCUUCAGAGCAGUUUUGAUCAACUCUGCUAGAAAAACUAUACCUGCAUGUCACGGCUUGAAAUGCUAUAGCGUACUAUACGAGACGUGAAAAUAUGAAAAUAUGCAUUUUUGGCUCAACAGAGCUUGGGCGACGUCUAAAACCCCUGCUAGACUUUUAUAUUUAUUUAUUUAUUCUGUGCUAUAGGAUUAAUAUCAUUGUAUUGAUAGCCGUCGUCCUGAUGUAGGCGCCGUCUUACAUGCGUACACUCCCUAUUGUUGAGACUAGUCCUCCAUGUACAAAGUGUAGACCUAAAGUGGUCGACGUUUUGGUCCAGAUAUUAAUACGAUAUCGACUACAUUAAAAUUCACACUUGUCAUAAAGAAAUAUGAAAAAUAAUAGUACUGUUUUUAUUAAAGUAUAAAUGAAUGUGGCAUUUGCGCGAUAUACAAUAUAUGAAGACAUGAAAUGCAAUGCGUGCAUAUUCAAACUUUUCCCGAAAUAAUGUAAUUUAAUUACGGUAGAGUAAACUAGCUGCAUUCAAAUGGCUGUUUUAUAAAUGGCCGCCGUUUCGAAAAUCGAAUAGGUACUUUAAUUAUGUAUAUUGAACAUAGUCUUAUUCAGUAUUAGGACAUUCAUUUUUUUGGAUGGUUGUACAAAAUGCCACAUCACAGACACAGCUAGUUAGAGCAGAAGUGGUCAAUAAAAUAAUUUGGAUUUUAAUAAUGCGUCAUGCAUGCACGAUAAAAGAGCUUUAGCUAUGGUCUAACCAGUAUAAUCCGGCAUAAAAUAUUUGGUAUAGUUGCACUCACUCAUGAGGCAUGCUGCAUGUCAGUAUAGUUUAUUAACAUUACACAGUUACAACGCUUUAGCUCUUAUAAUAGAGCAGCCUUAGGCUCAUGCACAUGCAGCCUUCAUAAUUGGCUCCUGAUUUACACAGUAGUUCUUUGAUACACAUCUAAAUUAGCCCAACUGUCAACUGGAUCAUCGUGUUAUAAAAAUGGUAUGAUCAUUCAUGAUAACUAUCUAUAAUUGAGCCUUUAUACACGAGAACAACAGAUGGUCAAGUUCCCUAGGCUAUCUGUUAUAGGCUAUUUUACCAAUUAAAUUUGUCUGCCCAUGUGUAAAGACGGCUACAUAAGAUACGUAUACUUAAAGAUAAAUUUUCCUAUCAAAGCCAUUUGCUCUUUUGAAAGACAAUUACAAAAACGAUAUAGACAAAAGGAGGUAGUAACAUGAUUGUGAAAUUGUCAGGCAAGACGACAGACAGUCAUGGCUUGUUAAACCACGACCAAAGGUUGAUGAGGACCACACUCUCCUUACCGCCCCUGCCCCACACCCCUACCACCAUGCAGAUCUAGAUGCAUUCCUCCCUGCCUGGGGGCACACCACUAUAUAUCGUGUGUACAAUUUUUAUUUCACUUCAUGUAGCAAACUGAGGAAGUCAGUGAUGACGAAGAAGAAGAUGACGAAGCCUUCAUUGAACGUUCACCAAGUAUUAUUGAUAAAUCAUUGGAGUUGCCAUACAAAGAAAGUUAUCUCACAAUGAAAGAAGGUACAAUAUGUGCAUUUUGCUCACCCACACUCGACAGUGAAUUUUUCUCGGGGCUUUCACAACAGGGUUUACGCUCCAGUAGAUACAAGAGUGGAAAUUACACAAAAAUGCCAUGUACAAUGGUAUAAGUUAUAUAACAUAACGUUUGCCUGGGGCAAGUAAAAAUCAUUAUACGGGCAAGUGAAAGCUUGAUUGCCGAUCGGGCAAAUUGUUUUGCCGCAAAUUAAUUGCUACACUAUAUUUGCUUGUUUAUGUUGAGCAUUAAGCAUUCUGUCUUUGAUUCUUUAUGUAAUAUAUAAACCAUGAGUGGCCGUGUUAUAUAUCAGAUAUGCAAACUCGAUCCGAACGCGAGAGGUUGCAUGUUUGAUACAACAGGGACGCAAAUGUUUAUAUAGCUUGUGAAACGUCUCGAUGAGAACAUUCGUAUUCUUCAACAAUUUAAAAUAAAUUAAUGAUAUUGGUGAGAAAAUUAAACUUAAAGUUUAUGUAAAUCAGCAUGAUUCUGUAUCAUACAUGAGAUAUACAAACUCCUUCACGCUCAUAAUUUUUAUUGUGUUUUCUUUAUGAACUAUAUGAAUUAGUUUCACAAUAAUAAAUCAAAAUGGUAAAAUGGAUAAGUUACGCUACUGAUUUAUGGGCUAGAAUCGCAGGCUUCGUUGUUUCUCUGUAAGUAUAGGUAAUAGUAUGGUUUCGAGUGCAAUUUGGAAAAAACAUACACACGAGUGAGUUUUUCAAAGACUAUCAAAAUUGUGCGAGUCCGAAGGACGAGUGCAAUUUGAAACCUUUGAAAAACUCACGAGUGUAUGUCUUUUCAAAUUGCACGAGAAACCAUACUAUUACUUAUUAUUAAUGUACAUGAAAAAAUUUCCCGUCGCGUGCGUAAGUCACAUUUAGAAAUUAAGAAAAUUAAGAAAUUUGGAAAACUAAAAAUUAAGAAAAUUAAGAAAUUUGCACUGUGUUUCAUUUUUUGGCACUGUAUUUCGAAAAAAUUGCGCUACUCUUAACCAAUCAGAAUUGAGAAUUUUUUCAUGUAUAUUAUUAAUUAGGUUAUAAAUUCCUGUCUUGCUGUUUAUGAAUGCUGGCCAUAAUCCUUGCUCUGAGCGGGUCCUUCCCUUUGAAGUUUUCCUUGUGUUUUUCAGGAAGUUGCAUCAUGUCAAUCCAAAGUUUACUUAUUAUUGGCACUACCUACACAGCCAGAGACCGCUUAAGUUUAUAUCCCUGCCCUAACCCUAAUCGCUGUCCCCUGACUGAUAAACUAUGAGACAUGAAAUCUAUAUCCGUAAUUGGAGCUAAUGGACCAUUCCCCAAUUAACCAAAAUUUUGAACUCAACUCUAGACAAAAAUUUCAUUAGAUUACAAACGGGAAAUGGUUACCACUUCUGUGCGUAAUACAAAAUGACUGAAAAUUACAAACUUCGCAAGGCUAUAUUAUCCGCAUUUUACAACAUUUUGCAUCGAAACUUUGGAAUAUUACUAAUUUUGUGAUUCUCUUUCAAGCUGUGAUGAAAUUUUUGUUUAGGCUAGUUAAGAUCAAAAUUUUGGAAAAGUGGUAACCAUUUCCCAUUUGUAAUCCAAAAUAACUGAAAAUUGCAAAUUUCUCAAGGCUAUAUUAUCCGCAUUUUAAAACAUUUCGCAACGAAACUUUGGAAUAUUACUAACUUUGUGAUGCUAUGAUGGAAUUUUAUCUAGACUUGUUGAGAUCAAAAUUUUGGUUAAUUGGGGAAUGGUCCAUUGAAUAGAAAAUAAGCAAGCUGACUUUUGAACCAGCCGAUGUUCAGUAUACAGUCGACAUUUAAUUUCGAUCCUUCUAAAAAGUUAAAGUGCCUAUAUCAUGGUUUUGGAGUUUGCAUAUCUCGAAAGUUUAGGGUAUUUUAAGACACUUUGCAAUAUAUUUUGUUGUUGAAAAAUUUCAUCUUGAUGGAUUUAUUAGCUCUUAAAAUGACCGAAAUUAACGUCAAAAGGAGAAUUGCAAAUCAGUUUUCCUUUGUAUCAUUGCAACAAAAUUCUCCUUUUGACGACGUCAUGUCCGGUAACUUUAAGAGCUAAUAAAUCCAUCAAGAUGAAAUUUUUCAAAAACCAAAUAUAUUACAAAGUGUCUUAAAAUACCCUAAACUUUCGAGAUAUGCAAACUCCAAAACCAUGAUAUAGGCAUUUUAACAAUACAAUCAAAUACAUUGCAAUUUUAACCUCUUGAAUCAAGCGAGUUAAUCUUUGCACCAUGUAGAAUAUAUCGCGCGGGUUUUAUGAAACUUGAUAACCAUUUACCGUUUACCUUUAGGAGGUCUUUUGAACCUAUGGAAGAGACAUUGGUGUAUCUUACGAGAUGAGACUCUUAUGUGGUUCCGUGCUAAAUUGGUAAGUCCAAAUAAUAAUCAGCUGCCUGUCAUUGUUUCCAUAUCUAUUAAUAUUACUUUAAUUUUUAUUUCACGGUAUUUUAUACGUAAAUACAUGUAUAUUAAUGAUUUUGGGCGCCUCACUCGAUGGAAUAAUUGUUGAGGGGUUUUGUAGAUGUAAAAUUCGGGUGUAAAUGUUAUAAUACAACAUUCAUUAGACCAGACGACCAGGGGCAGUUAUGAAAAAUGCAACUAUAGGGGCUAUGGCAGGAAUUGAACCUGCGGCCCUGCGAUUUCGGUGCAACGCUCUAACCAAUAGAGCUACAGAAUCCAGUUGUCGAACUCUAACCGCAAGUUCAUGUACAGGUAUAUGUGCUAAGGUGACGCCAUUGUAAAAUGUACUCGAUAGAUAAACAAUACAAAAUCAUCAACCAUGUACAAAACCACUCAACAAUUGUAUGUUUGUACGCCCAUAGGAAGCAUUGAAAGCUGGCUGGCUUCUGAAGAAAGGUGGUGGCACUGGAACAUUAUCCAGGUUGGUCUUGUUAAUAUUCGAUAAUAUGUAUUCAAAUUCAAAGCAUUUGAAGAAGUAUUCAGGUGCACGAGGUUGUAUACGUUUCAUCCAUAUUGACGUAAGACUUUCUAAACUAGUUUCAUUCAUGUCUCUGUUGUAUUUACUUCCGAGUUUUCAAAGCAAUAAAAGAUGAGCCUUAUUGCAAGUAUUAAAUUUCAGGGAAUCACGAGCCAACGUGAAAUUUGCGUGGCAGACUCAUUCUGUCGGCCUGUUUGGUGUCCUUGUCGGUGUUUAGCUUUAACUGAUAUCCCUUUAACUUUCCGAAUGUCUGUAUAUCGUCCUUCUGUUGCAGUUGAACAGACCUGCAAGGUCCAGAAAAAGGACGCAACACGUUUAGCGUCUCUGCGUGAAGUACUCUUUCCAAGUAAAGGUUUCCCCUUUAACGUGAAAUGUUUUGUAUGGACUAAUUUGAAACUACAUUUUGACCAAAGUGCUGUAGAUGACGAGAUGGAAAUAAUGGCGGUAACUCGGAUCCUUUAUAUACAAUCUUCUGUGUUUGAACACAAGGAAACAUUAUUAAGUGCACGUUGUCUUACACACACUUAAUUUUUAUACGCCAAGCAUUUUUCGGCGUACAUUCACACGUCCGUAUACGCCUAUUUUUUUAACUCCUGCAGUUGAUUAAUGAGAAUUUGCUGGUUCUAAAACAUCACGAGAAACGCCUUCUUUUCCAAGCCAGACUCAAUGAAUGACUUUAAGAUGUUUUGUUAUUCUUGACCCAGUUCCAAGCGCACAUUCCAGUACAAUUGUGCCGCCAAAUACUCAGGCUUAAUGGGAAGAGGAGAGCCCCUCCCCCUUUCUUCCCUGCCUCCAAAUAUUAUACGUUCGCUUUAUUGACAUUUCGUCGAACUAAUUUACGAUUGAUACGACGGGUUUUAAGACGGUAUAGUACGUUUUCGAAAUCUACCCGAUAAUGAACCCAGCUCAAACGAGGAUUUUCUCAUGAGAGUUUUCUCAACUCUCGCAACCCCGCCCAAACGAGAUGAAGGGUUGCGCGAGAGCUGAUGAGAGGUUGCCUUGAUAAUACCAGUCAAACUAGCAAAAACUAUCAUCAAAAUUUGAACCUGCUCAUAGUUGAUAAAAGUGCAAGAGACUGUCAUAAACUUUCAUCGUCGUUUGACUGGACUUGACUGUGGAGGCGUGAAGAAGGUUUUCGGCUCUAAACGGUAUAGAGCUGGUAGGCCACGCUUCUAGGCAAGGCUUCAUACCUAUAAGAUCUUUUGUUAUACUGUAAUUUAGAAGUCUUUUUUGUGCCAGAGCCAUGCUCAUUCCACUACAUUUUUUGUCAGGCGUAACUGGAAGAGGAGAUGGUUUGUAUUGAAAGACACAAUUUUGUCCUAUCACGAGAAUGACGCUGAAGGAGCGAAAACAUUAGGCAGUAUCGACCUGAAAAAUUGUCAGUAAGUAUUUUAGGAACUUAUCCUAUCUUAUAAACUUUCAAGUGGAAAAUUAUUUAGUGAAGCAAAUCUUGAAAUACUAGAUUGAAUGAUCUCACGAUAUUCUAUGCGUCUGUUUGAUUCGGAAUUUAUAAACGAAACUUAAUCGAAUGUAUACAGGG